CAGGAAAUACCAAAAUAAAACAAUAAAAUAAAGUCAUUACAAAAAUGUUAUGUUGAUAUUCAGUAGUAAAGUUCGACUUACGUUCAUUUCGACUUAGGACCGGUUUCUCAGAACCGAACUCGGUCGUAAGCCGGAUGGUAGGUGUAUUUCUAGGCAAUAAUAUGUGGCUAAAAUAGGUGAAAAUGUUCACCUGUCAAUGUUUGUGCAGUUAUUGUGUACUCACCUAUUCAUACUCGCCUAAUUGUGGUUGCAGGGGUCGAGACUCAAUUCCUGGCCCUGUCUUUUCACCGAUUGCUACUAGGUCCUCACUCUCCCUGCUCCAUGUGUAGCAUACAACGAGUGUAUAUAUCCAAAACAUGGCUUAUAUUGGUCUCACAGGCCAUUAAAGUUACUUGAAAAAAUAAAAGAAAAACAUAGAAAAAAAUGAACUAUUUCCGCAUGACUGGCAGUCGGCGAUGUUGCCAUAAGCAGCUCACUUUGUCAACUUCCAGUCUUCAUAUCUCGAGCAAAUGGCACCUGAAUCCUCUUCCUCAUCUAUGGUUGAAACUUCAAGCCACUAAAUUAACUUCAGGAAUUCUAACCUACAUACUAGUAGUGUUGAAUAGCUUGUUGUAGGCAAUUUGAAUGAAAGAAACAUAACUUGUACAAUGGGAAUUAGUGUGCUACAAUUAAUGAGUUCAUUGUGUCAAUGCAGAAAAGUAUAUAGGAUAUAUAAACUUGACAAAAGAAGUCUUACUGAAGAGUCCAUGGAAAAUAUUGGAAUAUAGAUGUUCCCAUUUCAAUACUUUACAUUUUCUGGUGAGAUGUUCAAGCUUACAAUCAAGAUAACCAUCUACUGUACUUAGGAACUUGAAUUUAUCCAGUUCAAAUGCUGUACAAUAUGUACCUGACAUUCACUUGAAGUUAUGUCAACCUGUCUGGCUGGCAGAUGUGCUCAUGUAAAGUAAGAUACACAUUAUUGUCACGAAAUUAUUAUCAGUCAUCAGAUUAUGAUGGUUCUUAUGAGGUCAUUACUCAAUUACAGUAUUAUCAUCAAGAAACAUACUUAUACCAUAACAUGAAAAUCAUUAAUAUAAAAGAUCCAGUGUAUUUGAAAACAUACUGUAUUUGCUAUUGUGUUCAAAUACUCAUCUGUACAAGUACAUUUAUCACUCUUGCAGAAAGACAACCAUAGUUUGCUAAGACACAGAUCAAAUUAUUGUGAAAAUUUAACAUUAGGCACCUUUAACUGCAAAUGUGUGUUUUCACCCACUUAGUGGAAGAUUAGCUGACAGAGACUGAUAAAUUUUAAUACUACAAGCAAAAUGUUAAAUACAUCUGCUAUCCAAGAUGAGGAUAUAUAUUUCCUAAAAGUAUACAAAGUGCUAACUAGUCAGGGUUGUAAAAUACUUUUUCAAAUAUUUUGUUGGGGCUGCAAGAAAGACCCGAGUGAAACACUUGAGAACUAUCUUACAACCUAUAAAAAAAUGUCUAAACGUGACUUUGAUAAACACUUUCAUAAAACCCAACAAAGAAAGAUUAGGGCAAAUCCUGAAGGUGAUAAAUUUGAUCUAACUUUGCUAUAUGCAUGCAUCAAGGCUGCAUGUGAUGACCUACAUGACUGGAGUGUUCAAGAUGAAACAAAACUAGAAUAUCUGUUAACUGCCAUCAAAGAUGUCAGGUGCUCCUUAAUUCAUGAGGAAGAUUAUAUAAAAAGUGAAACUUGCAUGAAAAAAUUAAUGGAUAAAAUUAAAAGUUUAUUCAUAAAGGCUCUUGAAUGUGCUGGAGAUCUUUAUGAUAAAACCAAAGAAGAGAUAAAUGAUCUUAUUGCUACACUAAAUAAGAAUAUUACAGAAAUAGUACAUACUUCCUUAUCAGUUUCAAGUAUAGAAAAGUACAGAAAAGAUUUGGCUGAAUUAAAAGAGUAUCACAGAAAUAGUGUGAAGCAAAGUGUAAUUGAGCUUAAAUGUAGAUACAGCACUGUGUCCAAUGUUGAUCCAGCAUCAUUCAUCUCUGGUAGGGAGACAUUGAAAGUUAAAACAGUAUUUUCAAGACUUGAUCUCAUAAUAGAGGACAUCAAUAAAUCUUACACUGAAGCUGUUGAUUAUGAAUUGUUAUUAGAGAUUUUGAAAAAGGAUAACAGUAUUUCAAUAUUAGUUAUAGAAGGAGAGGCAGGUGCAGGGAAGACAACACUUCUGAAGCUGAUGUUAUCAGAGUGGGCAAGCACUCCACAAAACACAUGUACAGUGAGAGGACUGGAUGAGUAUGAUCUUGUGCUGUACUGUGAGUGUAAGAAUAAAGUAAUACCUACCUUCUCAGACUUGCUCACUUUUCUUUUACCAAAAUCAUCUUAUGAGCUUACAGACAAGGACCUCAAUAAAGCUGUACUUGAUUCUAAUGUUUUAAUGCUAAUUGAUGGUUUAGAUGAGCUGAAUUCAAAUUCAAAAAAACUUUUAGAGGAAAUUUUCACAGCACAGAUGCAAAAAAGCAAUAAGAAAUUUCACAUUCUUAUCACAACUCGGCCAGUAAAGUUGCAUGAAGUUUCUAAACUAUGCAACAACCAGCCUAAGUUUCAAGUUAGGAUUUCAGGGAUUCCUUAUAAUAGACAAAUAGUUUGUAUCACGGCUACAUGAAGAAAUGCUCAUUAAUGGACAGAGUACACAGAAUACACAAAAUCUUGCAGACUACCUGAAGCAUUCUCAUGCUCGUCUCGGUGACCACUUUCACUUGCCUCUUAACCUAACCCUCUUGACAUAUCUUUGGGCCUCUUCACCAGAAAGGAUUAGGUCUGUCACCACAUCUACUGGCCUAUACAUUGCUUUGAAUGAACUUAUUAAGAGCCGACUAAUUGAUCGACUUUAUGUUCAUGAUGAAGGCAAUCCUGAAAAUUAUGAAGUGACAUCCUUGUCAAGAUUUAGAGACCUCUGUAAUCAGUUUAUGAAACUGCUUGAUGAAGUUUGUUAUGAUACCAUGUCUGUAUCUGAAGUUCUUUUUUCUGAUGACUGUAAAAAAAAACUAGAAAGAAAAUGCAAUGAUCUAAAUUUGCCAGUUGAGGACAUGUGCAGUGCUUUCUUAAACAUGGACUGUAAAUGGACGUCUAAAGGGUACAUUAUACAACUUGCUGCUCCACAUAAAAGCAUACUGGAGUUUUAUUCAGCAGAACACAUAUUUAACUGCAUGUUUCCCUGUGAUGCACCAAGUUCAUUUCCAAAUGACCUAAGCUUGUUAUGUAUGAAAUAUGGCAGAAGUGACAGUGAAAAACAGAAACUUUUGGAAAUUGUACAAGCCAGUGAAAACCAAAAUUCAAAAAAAACUUUAAAUGAUUUUGCACCUGGAAAUAGUGAGAAAAUAGAAGAAUAUCAAAAUGUUUUUCUACAUUUUGGAGGAUUACUAGCACAGAGAAAGCCUGAAGCACUAGAUGAAUAUGCAGAGCAAUUGGUUGCUCUUUUGAAUCAAGCUGGGAUGCAAGUGGCCAACUGGUUGAAUAUAGUAACCGAGACAGAAUGUAAUGAAAACAUCACGAAGCAUGUAGCCUCAAAUAUUACUAAGGAACUGUAUAUACAUGAUGGUCAGUGCAGUGCAGCAGUAGCACUCUUCCAGUAUUUAGAUUCUUGUAUUCCUGUCAGUAUUAUUUUGGACACUGACAUACGCCAAGUUCCUCAUUUGACUGAUAUGAUGAUGAAACUCUCUGAGAGAAAUUGUGAUGUUGAGCUUCAUAUUCAACACCAGUGGAAGGAUAGUGACUAUGGCACCUCAGACAACCUCCUUGGACACAUUAUUGGUGGAAGGUGCCGAUUGAGCUCCUUCACUGGUUAUUUGAAAAAUUUAGCUGUGUUGCCUUCAACAUUAAGCAAAUUGUUUUGUACCAUCGCCAAGGAUGAGGAUGCAAAACCAGUUUGUGAAGGUCUAUUAGAACUGGCUAAUAAACAAACUAUAGAACACAUAGGUUGGUGAUGGCAUCUGGAAGAUAGGGAGGAGGAGAGAGGGAGUUGGGGUUAUUGUUUGGAAGGAGAAUCCCCCUCCAUGAGGACUUCCGGUAUCAAAGCCCUCUCCGGGGUUGCUUCUCUUCUCUGUAUUUUAAUGCCACUAGGACCAGCUUGAGAGUCAUUGGACCCCAGUCUCACAAAAUAACUGUCUACAGUCCUCUGUUUCUGUCUCACAAAAUAACUCCAAGUAAGUAAGUAAGUUUAUUCAGGUAUACACAAAUACAGUUACAUAGAAUUAUCAUACAUAGCAGCAUAUGUGUAGAGAACCUAGGAUAACCCAAAAAAGUCAGACAGAGUGACUUAUUUCCAUUGGGGUCCUUUUACCUUAUUUU